AUGUGUAUAAAUUCAAGCCUAAAAGUAAAUAAUUUUGUAAAAAUGGACACAGCUCCAUCUGAAUCCGAGUUAUUUCCUGAAUAUUUUAUUACUACAGAUGGAAAUGUUGUAAAAGAAAAAGUUACUGAAAAAGGCAUUGAAAGGUCUAAAAAGCAUACAAAAAGCUUGAUUACACACUUUUUGAACAUCGGGGCAAAACGCAUGCCUGUUUCAGUAGACAAAAUUGGCAACUUGUUAAGAGCCGGAAGAGUUGUGAGACUGAGUUCCCCAACAAAAGGGUAUGAAGUCACAAAAAGUGUCAAUGAUUUAAUUACAAAAGAAAAAAGCGUCAAAUACCCAAAAGAUAUUAUAGCAACUGCGUCUGAGGAAUUGGAUAUGAGCACACUAACUGCUCUAUUCCAAAAAUCAGGCGAUUCACGAAGAAAAAGCAGAAUCCCAGAAAUGGCACCAAUAAAGAAGCCAGAAAUUGUCUAUGAAGAAGAAAAAGAAGAAAUAUUGAAUUUUCCAUGAAAUUUAUAUUCACUAUAACUAGCUUAUUUUUAAUGAUAAAUUAUGAGAAAAAAGCAUAAUAAAAAUAAUCAACGUUCCUGCUCCAAGGCUUGAUGGCUUGAGAAGAUCCAUCUCAGUCACCUCUUUUAGCAAGCCAAGAACAAGAUAUCACAGCAAAACCUUUAGCUCAGGUCUAGAGUCCACAAUCCCUUCAAAUAAAACAGAUAUCGGAUUUUUCGACCAAGAAAAAAAAAUAAUCGAAAAGAAAAGGCCAUCUUCGACUGGCAAUUUUAUGCGACCCACUUUUUCUUCAACAUCCGCAUAUGUAACAUCACUAAACAAGCUUUUGCCCAAAAUAAACAGAUCUUUAACCAAGGAAGAACUUAUAAAUAAACUACCAAAAAAGCUUUCUAGAAAGCGAGGAUACACAAGAAGAAAAUCUAUCGAGCUAUUGAGGACACUAAAAAUGAUUCACAUUUAUAAAGGCGAAAAUAGUAAAAUAGACAUUGAAAAUAGUAAAGAUAAAUAA